AUGCAGAGGGAAAGCCCCGACUCAGUUCCGGACUUCGGUCCGAUGCAGAGGGCAAAGGCCCUAGUCAGUUCUGUAAUUCGGUCCGAUGCAGAGGGCAAGGCCCUAGUCAGUUCCGGACUUCGGUCCGAUGCAGAGGGCAAAGGCCCUAGUCAGUUCCGGACUUCGGUCCGAUGCAGAGGGCAAGGCCCUAGUCAGUUUCGGACUUCGGUCCGAUGCAGUGGGCAAGGCCCAGUAUGUGAUUUAUAUGUUAUUGUAUGGUAUGUGGUAGUUUGGGGGAGCUCACUAAGCUUCGUGCUUACAGUUUCAGUUUUGGUUUCAGGUACUUCAGCUAGCAAAGGGAAGGGCUCGGGAUGA